CCUCACUCUCUCACACACACACACACACACACGCCGCACGUCUAACACAUCAGCUGCUCUCCUCUGACCGACCGAGCCACGGAGCCGCCGCCGCUGCCACUACUGCUGGAUUUACCCACGAACAAAGGAAGAGCACGAACAGCCGCUCCAUCCUGGGAAAGUCAGUGAUGGUCAGUGCUAGUUAGAGCCUGCGGCAAAGGAUGUCUGCUACAGAUUCGGAUAACUCCAUUGACUGGCUGGCGAGUGACAAUGAGGACAGCGAGAGCGAACGGGAGACUGACCCGUGUACCAGAACGCACAGCCAGACAGAAGCUCCUCCAACCCCGAGAGCCCUGCCACACCUGGGCCCGACUGACUGUGAUGUGAAGAAGGGUGACAGGAAGUGGAGGGAGGUCCGGGAGCCCUGCAGCGCGGGAUCCCCUCCUGGUCGCAUGGAGACGUACGACGGCGCCAUUGGAUUGUGUAAAACACACGGAGAGAAAACAAAUGGCAGAAACACUCAGCAAGCACUAAAAAGACCUCACAGCUUCACAGAGGAGGAGGAGCGCAAGGCACAGCAGCUCAAUUCCAACAUGACAGAGAAAGACCAAUUCUUCACAAGUAAGUGCAUGGACCUACAGUGCUACAUUCAUCCUCUGUCGUUAAUCUUGAAUGGUCUUCGUUCAGGGAGAUACAGAGAACGACUCAGCAGUUUCCAGGAGAGUGUGGCAAUGGACAGGAUUCAGAGGAUCAUGGGUGUCCUGCAGAACCCACGCAUGGGAGAGAAGUAUAUUAAUAUCAUUCUCAAAAUGGAGGAAAUGCUGAAGAGCUGGUUCCCUAACGUAAAACUCCAAAACCAACCGGCCGUCGCACACACAGAGACAGCCGUUCCCACCAAGAGAUCGAAGCUGUCUCCAAUGACCACCACUGCAGCCACAAGCCCUGUCACCAUGAGUGAUCCUCCAGCCGCUGCCAAAGCUCUGAGAGUCACCGACCUCACUCCUGGAGCAGCUUACUCUGCCAAUAAUCUGAAGUGGCUCCACACGUCACCCAUCUGCUCCCCCACGGCAGAGCAGGCACAGGCCAGCCCCAAACACCUGCUGUCCCCCAGAGACAGAGACUUAACCCAGGAUAACGCUGUGUCCUCUAGCACGGACACGCACACUAAGACAGACGCGGUGCCCCGAGGCCGUCCGCCGGGCAAAAUCAAUGCGCCCUGUCUGGAGAGGCUCCUUAAAUCGACAGAAAGUAUCAUCACCCGCAAGGAGACACAGGGUUUGAUGGACAGCAGCUGGUCCUAGUCCACACAGAGGGCUGGGUGUCCAGCUAUUUGCACUGCACAGCCCAGUCUAGCCUUGCCCACCUUGCCUGGAGCCAGUCAGCUUGCUUCGCCCAUUCCAGCCUUCAGGGGAGACAGUAGCCUUCAGAAGGGACAUGACACUUUCCUCUUAAACGUGGAAAGAGCAUCGACGAACACGUUGUACUCUCUGUGCGGGGAAUGUGCCCACUCUCACAUGACAAAGUGUCUGCUUAAGUUCCCUUUUGUUGACUUUUGGUUGUUUUUUUUCCGUUUGCACUUUUGAAUAGUGUGUGUUUGACUUGGCUGAGGCCGAGUGAGCUUGUGACUUCAUAAGUGAGUAGUUCCAACUGGUUUGUAGAUGCAAUAAUACGGUUUGAGUGUCUGUCAAACUGCCAUGAUGCUAGAAAGGGAAAGAGCUGCAGGUGUGCGAGUGCUGGAAGGAUGUAUUUUCAAAUAUCCAGACAUGUCAACGGUCUUCAUAUUGUUGUGCUGAAAAUGUGGGUGAAAUGUGAUGUUAUCUCAGCCCCCCUCCACUUUUAAGUUCAUUCAUGUGACUGUUACUCAUUUGUAUACUUUAUAAAUAAGUCUUUUUGGUACAACUGUUCUACC